AUGCCGAUCGAUCCUGAUUCACCCGUAUUUGUUGAUCGCAAGGUCACGGCUCUACUCAACAAGUUGACCAUGCAGAAGUUCGAUUCCAUCUCUGAUCAAGUUAUCGCUUGGGCGAAUAAAUCGGAGAAAGAGAAGGACGGAAGGACUCUCGUUCAAGUUAUCAGACUCGUCUUUGAGAAGGCUAUUGAUGAAGCUAUUUGGUCAGAGAUGUACGCUCGCCUUUGGAGGAAAAUGAUGGAACAGAUUAGCUCCAAACCCAUUGCUGGUGGUCAACUCUUCCGAAAAUACAUGCUCAACAGAUGUCAAAAAGAUUUUGAGCGCGCUUCGAGGGAUGAAGCUGCAAAGGCUGUCAUCCGGCAGAGCAAGGAGGGUGGAACUGAGAAAGUCGCGCUAUAUUCUGACGAAUACUACGCUGCACAGAAGGCCAAGCGACAAGGUCUCGGUCUGAUCAAGUUUAUUGGCGAAUUCUUCAAACUACAGAUGCUGACCGAACGUAUUAUGCAUGAGUGUGUCAAGAAACUACUCGGAAAUGUGGAGAACCCCGAGGAGGAAGAGAUCGAAAGUUUGUGCACAUUGCUGACCACUGUCGGCGCCAGUUUCGACACACCGAGGGCCCGGGCCCAUAUGGAGGUCUAUUUCUCUCGGAUGAAAGAGCUUUCCAAGAACCAGAAUGUCAGCUUACGAAUGCAGUUCAUGUUGCAGGAUAUGAUUGAGUUGCGAGAACGGAAGUGGGAAUCUCGCAACGCA